ACCCCAGAGGCCCAGACUAAAAAUACCUUCAACCGAUCUCUAUUGCUCUCAUUUGUCGUCUGAUCUAUAUAAAUCUGACGCCACUGCGGUAGCCCACUCUUCUAAAUCACUCCGCUUCUCCGCCUCCGCUUUGAAAUCGUGAUUUACAUACACAUCUCUACAAGAUGGAUCCGGAUUCAGUUAAAUCCACUCUUCAAAACUUAAAUAUGGGGAAUGUCAUGGCUGCUGCUGCUCGUGAUUAUCAGAAGGAAAUUCUGGCACAAGAGAAAGCUCAUGCCUCGUCCACUUCUAAUCAGGAGGUUGAUCUUGAUGAGUUAAUGGAUGAUCCCGAGCUUGAAAAGCUGCACGCAGAUAGAAUUGCAGCUCUCAAGAAAGAAGCUGAGAAACGACAGUCCUUGAAGAAGCAAGGGCAUGGGGAGUACAGGGACAUAACUGAAGGUGACUUUCUAGGAGAAGUCACUGGUUGUGAAAAAAUGAUUUGUCACUUCUACCAUCGAGAAUUUUACCGCUGCAAGAUAAUGGAUAAGCACUUAAAGACUCUUGCAGCUAGGCAUUUGGAAACCAAGUUUAUCAGACUGGAUGCCGAGAAUGCCCCUUUCUUUGUUGGGAAACUAGGAAUUAAGACUUUGCCGUGUGUCAUACUCUUCAGACAAGGCAUUGCAGGUGAUAGGCUGGUUGGGUUCCAAGACUUGGGAGCAAAAGAUGAUUUCUCCACUAGGACUCUCGAGGCACUACUAAUAAAGAAAGGUAUAAUUAAUGAGAAGAAAGAAGAUGAAAACAAUGUUUAUGAUGAAAGCAGACGUAGGACAGUGAGAUCCUCUGCAUAUUCUGAUUCUGAUUCUGAAUGAAUUAAGAGCCAUUCCCACAGAUCCCAUGGCAACCAAUGUAAGGAUGAAAGGAGCAACCGCUUCACUAGACCUAUUACUUGGGUUCUGCAUCAAGCCAGUAUGUACUAUGUAUCUUUCUGAAUGGGCAACAAGUAGCUGCAAUUCUUGACAUUUUUUA